CCUUGCCAAUACAAUUAGCAGCGACAAAAAAAAAAUAAAAAGAGAUCGAACAAACAAGUCGACAAAUUUUAUUUUAUUUUAUGCAUAUAGAGAGAGAGAAAGAAAGAAACAUGGAUCAAAAUUUGGCAGUGGUAGGAAAGAAGUUCUGGAAGAUAGUUCAAGUGGCUUUGUGCAUGUUGAGAAAAGGCAUAUCGAAGCAGAAAAUAAUGCUCGAUAUAAAAUUAAUGAUGAAGCGCAGAAAAAUCGGUAGUUACAAAGCCGCCAUCCAAAAUCUCAUGUUCCACUUCCACCACAUCCAUAAACAUAACCGCAAUCGCUCCCACGAUGUCGACCGUAGUAAUUUACCAUUCCCUCCUCCACAAGAUGAAUAUUAUGAGUUUAGCUGCAGUAGCAGCCCAAAUUUAAACUUCAAAAAGCACACUAGGGAAGAAGAUGUUAUCAUGAUGAAUGCGGCAGUAAUGAAAACAUUGGAGAUGAUUAAGGUUGAAACGAUGUCAUCCUCAUCGCCUGAUAAUUAUUUGCGUGGGUUCGGGGGGCAGCUGAGGGUUACUGACUCGCCGUUUCCAGUAAGAGAUGAGGUUGAAGAACUGGAUAACCAUGUGGAUGAGGCAGCUGAUGAGUUCAUUUCCAAGUUCUACAGAAAUUUGAGACGCCAAUCUUCCUUUUCUGCUUCAUAAUGUUGCAAACAAUAUAUACAGGUGACUUUAGAUUGAAGUCACAAGAUGAUUUGACAUAGAGAAUCAAGGAGAAGUGACUAUAAAGCUGUUCGAGUGACCAACGGAUUAGCUUGAAAGUCGGAUAAUCUUUAUCGGAAAACAAGGCAGGAACUUGCGACUCAAAGAUAGAAAAAGAGAAUGAGGAGACCUCGUGCUUCGAAGACAAAAUAAAAAGACAAAUAUUUCAGGUAUAUCUGUAUGGAGUCCUACAAAUUACGGAGGAAUAUUAGCUGCCCCAUAACGGUGUUCCUUUAAACCAUUAUGAAACUGGGUAGAACCAUCGGUAAGAGUUCAUAUGUUUUGAAGUGUUAAAAGAAGAAAAUUAUGUAAUCGGGAGCAGAAAUAAUCACAUAAAUUUGGGAGUGACAAUGACCUAAAGUUGUAGUGCACAAAUCACCACUUCCACGGCUCCGCCACUAAUAAUUGAGCCAAUAAAAUAUUCAAGUUUUAUUCGAAA